CGGUUCUGCAUGUGGGAAGGUGCGGCAAAUUGCAAAUGAUUCGUUGUUGCUAAAAUGUUGAAAUAAUUAAUUAAAGGUAAGGUAAACACCUUACUAAUCACACUUCUACCACUAACUGCUCGCUACAGAAUAGCUAUUUUUGGCCUUCGGUCUCCAUAAUUGCAUUUCCAUAGAAGGAUUGAAUCAAUUGUUUCUUCAAGUUGUUUACAAUAGCUUUUCGGGUAAAACUAUUACGAUUUCCAUGUGUUUUCUGAUUCUUGUAUUCAAAAAUUCUUUAAAGUUUGUAAACCACGCGAAUAUGUUGUGCAAAUGACGCAAAGAAUGUUUUCCGAUUGGCUACUCGACAUCUAAAUCUGCUUUGAAAACUCCUUUUUCGAUCAAAAUUACUAUCAUUUUUAUCAGUAUUUCGUAAAAAAAAAACAAAAAUUCAUCGAACGAACAUCGAAAACAACAACAAAACAGCACGCACAGAUGUAGUUGUCAGCCGGUCUUCUAGCCACUGCCUCAUUAUCAUCUCUACCGGCCAUGCGAUAGAUCUAGCGAGCUAAUCCUAUUCCAUUCAACCGGCCGGCCGUGAUGUUGCAACGGUUCUAGCACGCGCACAGCACACACGCCCCAUCCGACCAGUUGCUAUUGAGUGUUAAGACCGUUUUAUUAAUAGUGUGCCGGUACUCCUCCUACGUUCAACAGCUUCGAACGCCGCGGGACGAUUUCGAGCAGCAGUAAUCCGGUGUGGGGCCGUACAAUACUCGUGGAACACGUUGUUUUGUGCCACGAUUGUAUCAAACAUUGUUGUGUACCACGAUUUCAAGCAUCUUCUGUUUUAUAUAAUCAACAAUGGAGAGUCUUAGGGACGGUAUGCUGGUGGGACUCGGCAACCCGCUGCUGGACAUUUCGGCAGUGGUCGAGAAGGAUCUGCUGGUCAAGUAUGACAUGCAGCCAAACAAUGCGAUACUGGCGGAGCAGAAACACAUGCCAAUCUAUCAGGAGCUGAUCGAGAAGUACCAGGCCGAGUACAUUGCCGGUGGCAGUGUGCAGAACUCGCUUCGUGUCGCUCAGUGGAUCCUGCGGAGGCCCCGUACGGCCGUCUUUUUCGGCUGCGUUGGUCAGGACGAGUACGCUCGCAUACUCGAGGAGCGUGCCACGUCGAAUGGAGUUAACGUGCAAUAUCAACGAUCGUCUACUAAUCCGACCGGUACAUGUGCGGUGCUGGUGACCGGUACGCAGCGUAGCCUUUGUGCCAACUUAGCCGCAGCGAACGAUUUCACUCCAGAGCAUUUGCAGGGCGCGGCAAAUCAGGCGUACCUGGCAGGAGCGCAGUACUUCUACGUAUCCGGCUUUUUCUUUACGGUUAGCUUCGAAAGUGCGCUCGGUGUGGCGAAGCAGGCGGCGGCCAGCGGGCGUAUGUUUAUGAUGAAUCUUAGCGCACCGUUUGUGCCGCAGUUUUACAAGAGCAAUCUCGAGGAAAUAUUUCCGUUUGUCGAUGUGCUGUUUGGCAAUGAGACGGAAGCGGUAGCAUUGGCGAAGGAGUUCAACUAUGGCACGGAGGAUUUGAGAGCAAUCGGCAAACGUAUUGCGACUCUGCCGAAGGAGAAUGCCAAACGAAAACGCAUCGUAAUUAUUACGCAGGGCAGCGACCCGGUACUGCUGAUCGAGAGUGGAACCGAUAACGUUCGUGAGUUCCCGGUGCAAAAGCUAGCACCGGAGCAGAUGGUCGACACGAACGGGGCGGGCGAUGCGUUCGUCGGUGGUUUUUUGGCACAACUGCUGCAAGAGCGUAGCGUGGACGUGUGCAUCAACUGUGGCAUUUGGGCGGCACGGGAAAUUAUCCAACGAUCGGGUUGCACGUUCGAGGGAGAGCCGUCGUUCUCUGCCUAAACCACCAAAAGAGGGGCUUAUUCUUUCGAUGGGAAAGGUUCAGGGAAAGGUCAAUACCACAUACACUCGAAUACACAAAAAAGAGCCUUACUUUAGUAAGAAAAAGAAUCAGCAUGCCAUAUUUUGUAUACGAAAUUUGCAUCAAUAACAAUAGCAAAGAGCCUUUUACGUUA